AUGGAAAUUUCUAUCCAACAUCCCUGGCACCGCCGACUCUGGUUCCCAGGCAACUUCCCAUAUCGAAUUAAUGACCAGUAUUUCGGAGAGCACAUACCUGACAGUGAUCUUUUUUCACCUUUCAACACGUUUUACUAUCGACCUUAUUUCUGGCGGUUUCCAAACUACUGGGACAGUGGCAUGUCAGAGAUGAGAAUGGAUAGAGAUCGGUUUGUAAUCAACCUGGAAGUGAAGCACUUCUCUCCAGAUGAACUGAUGGUCAAGAUCAAUGAUGAUUUUAUUGAGAUUCAUGGGAAACAUGAUGAACGACAGGACGAGCAUGGCACUGUAGCAAGGGAGUUUUACAGGAAGUACAAGAUCCCGGCCGGAGUAGAUCCAGGUGCCAUCACUGCUUCUCUGUCCUCUGAUGGUGUGCUGACCAUCUGCACACCACGCCACCUGCUGGACAUCCCUGAGCGCAACAUCUCCAUCACCUGUGGAGAGAAGCCACCAGCGCAGAAGUAAACCUGUCCACAGCUGCACCUCUGCCUUUGUUCCAAAAAAAAAAAAAAAAACACCAUUAAAUCAUCUACUGUAUUAAGACCAUGUGCUUUAAUCUAACACCGUAGAGCCAAACAAAGUUAUAUAACCAGAAAUAAACCUGUCCGUUGUGAACAAUACAGUACCUUGCAAAACGCACGGUAAUUCAGUGUUUUAAGUCAGUGAACGCAAGCUAUCAUUGGAGUUGGGUUUGGUUUGAUAUAUUUCUGGCCUACAGUUGGACAUUGUAUGUAAUUAUGUGGCUGACUUGGAUUAUGUUUGUAACUUUGGCUUUGAGAGGAAUCAGUUUUGAAGUGGGAUGUUGUGCAGCACUGGCCUCUGUUUUUGACUUAAAUAAAUCCCCAGAUCAAAAUACUGAUAAAUGCUGGUACUAUUAAUUCAUAUUUCAGCAUAUGUUGUUCAUUUCAAUGUAAAGUAUGCUGCACUUGUUUAUACUGGGGUCUAAACACACAGACUAAGUUAAAUGUGUUUUGCUGAUGUUGUUGCAUUUAAUGGACAGUAAUCAAGAUGACCUUGUAAACUUACAUAUUUGAUGAUUGUUGACGUAGAAUCUGUGACACGAUAAGACAAAUAUGCC